AUGCAGGGCGGCCCAGUCCUCCCCACUAUUGCAGAACUUCAUAGACGCCCAGAUCCGGGACAGCCCCAAUUUCGCCCGCUCUACGCCGAUCAGUCACUGCAAACAACCGGUCACCAGGGAACCAAUACCUCCCCGCCUUUUCGAGGUUUGAAGCGUUCAGCUUCCCAAGCUCCUCUGCCCGAGAGUGCUCCGGUGGACAAGAAGGGAAAGUGGACGCCCGAAGAAGACGAAAUCAACAUACAACUACGCAGCCAGAACGUAAAGUGGGAUGAUGUGGCGAAAUGUUUACCUGGGCGCAGUGCUAUCUCAUGCCGCUUACGAUUCCAGAACUACUUGGAAAAGCGUGUUGUUUGGGACGAGGAAAAGAAAGAUAAGCUGGCCAGGCUGUAUCACCGAUUUUGCCAGGAGAUGUGGCAGAAGAUCGCGACAGAAAUGAAGAUUCCGUGGCGUACUGCCGAAGCUAUGCAUUGGAAGCUAGGUCAAGAGGAAAUGCACAAUCGGGCAAACGCGCCCGUGUUCCAACUACAUCCCUCGGCGCACUCCGCCAUGCCAUCGGCUCCAGCCCCUCCUCCACAGAACCUCACCGCAAUCAACACAGGCCAGCUCGUCCCAAGUCCAGCCCCUCAUCCUGCGCAGCCACUGCCGACCAUGCAAUCUGGGCCAGCGCACCAGUACCACCAACGGUCUGACAGCGGUCAAAGCCAGGGAAAACGUACGAAACCCUCGAUGGGUAGGCGCCGGAGUGAUCAGCGACCAAGUUCCAGUGUGCCACCCCAGCUUCGACCAACCCUACCCUCAUUACAGCCUACCUCUGAGGCAGACCUCGUCAGUGGGCCAAGGACCACGCCGCUCCUUGGUAGUCAUGCUACAGGAACGGGAGGUAAUGAGAAUGUGGAUUAUAUUGGACUCGAACUGAAGAGAAGGCGGGAGGAACAUGCUGGUAGUACGCUGCUUAGUAGUUCGGGCGCUCGCAGCUUGGGUGGGCGAAGUCCGGAUCGUUCUUCGCAGCACAGUGGGACUGGAAGUGUCCACAGCACUUAUAGAGAAGAGGCAGGCGCAUCGCCAGGCGUCAAACGAGAACCAUCUUCGGGCUGCAUAUAA